GCGCCCUGGAAUUAGCCCCGCCGCGGAAUAAGCCCGAGCAGACGCCGGCGCAGCCGCGGGCUAGUCCGGGUUUCGUGUCCUGUGCGCCCGCACCAUGGCCGCCCUCGGGCUGCGCGAUAUCCCCUUGCUCCCUGGCUCCCCACGCCGGCUGAGCUCCCGGGCAGUGGCCAGAGGAGGCCAGGGCCCCAAACAUGGACAGCAGUACCUCAAGGUGCCGGGUCCUCAAGCCCCCAGCCAGCAGGGCAGUUCUGACGGAGAAUCUGGCCCGCCGUCACGGGGAGGAAGCUCCCGCAGCGGCUCGGUCAUCAACAACUACCUGGAUGCUAACGAGCCAGUGUCCUCGGAGGCCUGUCUGAGCCGCAUGCACUUCCACGACAACCAGAGGAAGGUCGACUACGUGCUCACCUACCAUUACCGGAAACGUGGGGUGCAACCUGGCCUGGGCUCCCCUGGCCAGUCGCUGGCGAUUGUCUCUAAUGGGGAGACAGGCAAGGAACCUCAUGCUGGGGGCCACGGUGAUAUUGAGCUGGGGCCACUCGAUGCCCUGGAGGAGGAGAAGAAGGAGCAACGAGAGGAAUUUGAGCACAACCUGAUGGAGGCUGGGCUGGAGCUCGAGAAGGACUUGGAGAGUAAAAGCCAGGGAUCCAUCUUUGUCCGGAUACACGCCCCGUGGCAGGUGCUGGCCAGAGAGGCGGAGUUCUUGAAGAUCAAAGUCCCCACCAAGAAAAUGUACGAGAUCAAAUCAGAAGGCAGCAUUGCAAAGAAGUUCAACCAACUUCUGCAGACACUGAGCUCGCCCCUGAAACCCAGAGUUCCAGAGCACAGUAACAACAAGAUGAAAAACCUCUCCUACCCGUUCUCCAGGGAGAAAAUGUACCUGUACAACAUCCAGGACAAGGAUACCUUCUUUGAUAAUGCUACCCGUAGCCGCAUUGUGCACGAGAUCCUGAAGCGCACAGCUUGUUCUCGAGCCAACAACACCAUGGGCAUUAACUCUCUGAUAGCAAACAAUAUCUACGAGGCUGCCUACCCUCUUCAUGACGGUGAAUACGACAGCCCAGGGGAUGACACGAAUGACAGAAAGCUGCUGUAUCGAGAAUGGGCACGCUAUGGAGUGUUUUAUAAGUUUCAACCUAUCGACCUCAUCAGAAAGUAUUUUGGAGAAAAAAUUGGACUAUAUUUUGCCUGGCUGGGAUUAUAUACAUCAUUCCUCAUUCCAUCUUCUGUAAUUGGAGUGAUCGUGUUUCUUUACGGAUGUGCAACAAUUGAAGAAGAUAUUCCCAGCAAAGAGAUGUGUGACCAGCAGAAUGCCUUCACCAUGUGUCCCCUGUGCGACAAGUCCUGUGAUUACUGGAACCUCAGCUCAGCCUGUGGUACGGCAAAGGCAAGCCACCUGUUUGACAACCCUGCCACCGUCUUCUUCUCCAUCUUCAUGGCUCUAUGGGCUACCAUGUUUCUUGAAAACUGGAAGAGAUUACAGAUGCGGCUGGGCUACUUCUGGGACCUGACUGGUAUAGAAGAGGAAGAAGAACACUCCCGGCCUGAGUAUGAAACCAAAGUUCGAGAGAAAAUGUUGAAGGCAAGUGGCAAGUCGGUUGUCCAGAAAUUGGGUACCAAUAUGACAGAGAAUGAAGAAGAGGAUGAUGAAGAUAAGCUGACCUGGAAAGAUCGUUUCCCGGGUUACUUGGUGAACUUCGCCUCCAUCUUGUUCAUGAUUGCCCUGACGUUCUCCAUUGUCUUUGGGGUCAUCGUGUACCGCAUCACGACCGCUGCGGCCCUGUCUCUCAACAAGUCCACGCGCUCCAAUGUCCGGGUGACAGUGACAGCGACAGCAGUCAUCAUCAACCUCGUGGUCAUCCUCGUCCUGGACGAGAUCUACGGCGCGGUGGCCGAGUGGCUCACCAAAAUCGAGGUUCCCAAAACAGAACAGACUUUUGAAGAACGCCUGAUACUCAAAGCUUUCUUGCUAAAGUUUGUCAAUGCCUACUCACCCAUCUUCUAUGUGGCCUUUUUCAAGGGGAGGUUCGUGGGCAGACCUGGAAGCUAUGUUUACGUGUUCGACGGUUACCGCAUGGAAGAGUGUGCUCCAGGGGGCUGCCUCAUGGAGCUCUGCAUUCAGCUCAGCAUCAUCAUGUUGGGGAAGCAGCUGAUCCAGAACAACAUCUUUGAGAUUGGAGUCCCGAAGCUAAAGAAACUAUUUCGAAAGCUGAAAGAUGAGACAGAACCUGGAGAAACUGACUCUACCCACUCAAGGCAUCCAGAGCAGUGGGACCUAGACUACAGCUUGGAGCCAUACACUGGACUGACUCCAGAGUACAUGGAGAUGAUCAUCCAGUUUGGCUUUGUCACCCUCUUUGUGGCCUCCUUUCCUCUGGCACCUGUGUUUGCCCUCCUCAACAAUGUCAUUGAAGUACGGCUUGAUGCAAAGAAGUUUGUGACUGAGCUGAGACGGCCAGAUGCCGUGAGAACCAAAGAUAUUGGGAUUUGGUUUGACAUUCUCUCUGGGAUCGGCAAGUUCUCCGUCAUCAGCAAUGCUUUCGUCAUUGCCAUCACCUCCGACUUUAUCCCCCGCCUUGUGUACCAGUAUGGCUAUAGUCACAAUGGGACCUUGCACGGCUUUGUCAACCACACCCUCUCCUUUUUCAACGUCAGCCAGCUGAAGGAAGGAACGCAGCCAGAAAACUCACAGUUUGACCAAGAGGUUCAAUUCUGCAGGUUUAAGGAUUACCGAGAGCCGCCGUGGGCCCCGAACCCAUAUGAGUUUUCCAAACAGUACUGGGCCAUUCUGUCUGCCCGUCUGGCUUUCGUCAUCAUCUUCCAGAACCUCGUGAUGUUCCUGAGUGUCCUUGUGGACUGGAUGAUUCCCGACAUCCCCACGGACAUCAGCGACCAGAUCAAGAAAGAGAAGGGCUUGUUGGUGGACUUCUUCCUGAAAGAGGAGCAUGAGAAACUCAAGCUGACGGACGAGCCGGCCCAGAGGAGCCUGGGAGGGGGGCGGCGCAGCACGAGCCGGGCGCCCAGCUCAGCACCCUCGGGCCGGAGCCAGCCGGGCAGCAUCGCGUCCUCUGGUUCUCAGCACACAAACGUGUGAGUGAGCCAGCCCCGCUUGGGGGCCGCCGCAGCAGCCAGGGACCUCACAGAGAGCGGCUGUGCACCUGCUCGGGCCUCCUGGUCCACGUCUGCCGGGGUCCAGCCUGCCGGGGUCUUGGCAAGGUGUGCGUGUGCAGAGAGAGAGAGAGGCUAGAGCGAGCGAGAGAAUGAGCACAGGCAGGAAGAGAAAUGGGGCUGCUUCUCAGAAACUUCAAGCUUAAGUUUCUUUUAGGUCCUCUUUGUAUCCUUCUGGGGGCUUGGGACCCUAUUUUGAGUCACUUGGUGAAAGAACUGGGCAUCUCUACCCCCGGGCUCCCAGGCACCAUGAGCCUUCCCUGCAUUCCCUCGGGUGUCCUCUCUCAGGUGGCCACAGGCUGGGAGAGAAGUGAGCCCCCAUCCUGAGGGAUCCUUCACCCCUUCCCACCAUCUCCCUGAGCAGACCCCUCUGAGUCUUUGCAGCCGGGGCUGUCACAGCCCCACUGGGUGCAAAUUAAGUCACAGGGCUGAUUGCUGUGGCCACUGGACUUGAUGGUGAGUGGCAGAGGUCCAAACCCGGGCUUGUCUCCAGUUCAUGUUACAGGGAUGCUUUGAGCUUGUGCAACUAACCAUCACUUAACGCAGGUUCAGAUCUAAAGUAAUAAAAUAAAUGGAAACUUUCUUUAUAAA